AUGACCGAGACCAACAGCUCACGGAGCAACGUUGUCGAUGAGAUCAGAAACGGGACAACUCGCUGGCACGCUAACAAAGAUCUGGGUGGCUAUAUUCUAACAGCCAUAGAGAUCUUCACUAACUGUUUCCUUAUCAAUACUGUAUGCCUGUUUGGAGUGGUCGGAAACAUUCUCAACGUUGUUGUUUUGUGUAAGCACGGAUUUCGAGAAACAACCAAUAUCAUCCUGGUGUCGCUAUCAGUGUCUGACCUCAUGUUUUGUAUCAUCGUGCCUGUAACCAAAGUCCGAAUGAUGUUUAGUUUUUUCAGCCUGGAUUUAUCAGUUUCAGUCCAUACUUUUGUGACGGUUUUCCUGUUUAUGCCUAAGUACGUCUGUCUGGCCAGUAGCUGCUGUUAUGUCUCAAUAAUUGCAGUGGAACGUUUCAUCGCAGUAUUCUUUCCAUUCCACGCAUCGAAGAUCUUCACACGACACAGCAUGCGGUUGAUGUGCAUAUGUGUUCCGAUUAUCACAGCCUGUUCAAUGUUCCCUACUUUUUUCGCUUUAAAGUAUGAAUGGGUCUUUGAUUUCAGAUGGAACAAAACCACUGCUUUUAUGCAAUACACUAACUUUUACAUAGCUCAUCAAGCGUUUAUUGAUACCUACGUUUGGGUUGGAUUAAGCAAUGGGUUCUGCGCUACAAGUAUAACCAUUGUUACAGUCUGUUGCCUGGCCAUUGGAUUUAAGUUAACUAAAGCAGCCAUAAAACGAGAACAAAUGACACGCAAGGCUGUAGGCAAGGAGAAAGUAGUCAAAAUGUUGGUGACCGUAUGUCUUAUAUACAUUUCGGUCUCCAUACCAACCCUUGCUUUAUAUUCAUAUUAUCAACCCAGUUUUAUUUUUAUUUCACCAUUAUACGAGCUUGUUGAUAAUUUUGGAGUUCUUUUGAGCAGUAUUAACGCAUCAGCCAAUUUUGUCGUCUAUGUGACUAUGUCUGAUAAAUUUGCCAACACUUACAGAAAGAUGCUAGCAUGCUCAAGAACGCCAAUACUGAAGAAUAACAGAGGAUCCUUAUCGAAAAGAAUAAUUUAA